ACUUACUUUUUACUCUAUUUGCACCCCCCUACUUUUUCAUCCAAACAACAAUUUACCCCUCCACUUACACCCUCCACCAAGUUGCACCCCCCAACAAUUUACCCCUCAACUUGUACCCCCCUCGAACUUGCACCCCCCUUGUUGCCAAACAUAGUGUUAGGAUAAAGAUUACUCUCGUUCGAGUCUCUAGCUAGGCGGCCGGUAUCCUCGUCAGUCCUCAUCUGAUAAAUAGAUUGUUCACUUUGUCCAUCUUUCUGUCUGUUUCUUUCAAAAGUACGCAUCCCCAGUCUUCUAAACAGUUCAAGUUAUAUUGAUUGGUUCAUUAGAAAUAAAAUUUUGUCAUUAUACAAACCAUGUAACUGUAGAUUGAAAAACUUUACAAAAUGAACAAGUUUCGUAUUGAAAUUCAUCACUUAAUUAAACUUUGAGCAAACCAAUGAUGAGAAAACCAAAAGAUCAUUUGUACGGUUCAUGACAAUUAAACAACUAAUAAUCAUUCAUCACUUAAAAAUGUGGGGCGUCAUCAGAGGAGUUUUUGAGUUGGAGGGAACAAACAACAUGAAGAGGCAUGCAGAAACAGGCUCUGUGUCAUGUGUUUAUGUCUAUCCCCCAAAUACUUUGCCUACAUAUGGCUAAUGGGACACAAGAGAAGCAGGCUGCCAACUCUUGUCUCCUUAAUCCUAUCUUCAAGCUAUGCCUAUAGUCUUCGUUUUUUUUUCCAUGUACUCAUUAGUUAAUAAUAAUGCCUCUACAUUCAUUAAGCCAAUAAUAGCAAACCUAUACGGUGCUUACAAGACGUCUGUACGAACGUGUUCAAAGCGCCUCCUGAUCGUUGGAAUCGGGGCCAAUGUCUCGGAGCUGUUGGAUAGAUGCGGUGACAUGCAUUUUUGUAAAUAAAACAUUCAUUGUGUCCUCUAAUGAUUGUAAGGUGCCCACUCUUAUUACGAUGACACCAGAGCGCUGUGAGGCAUGUUCUCACAAACACUUUGUUAGCAUUUUAAUAAAAUUGAAUAACGGUGUUGAUGUCUCCCUUGUCGCGUAUUUCUCUUCUUGACCACACUAGCUAAGCUGGAACCAUGGUGUCUUCACAACAAACUGAAAAACCAACCUAACAUGACCCAUCGAUUUCCUAACAUCCCGAAAAUCGGACACCUAUAUAAAAUGGAAUUCCUAAUAAUCGAAAUCUAACCUAACCGUGAUCCCUAGCUAACACUAGUAGUAGUACACGAGGUAAUAGGGCUGGACAAUCGAUUAGCGGUUAACCGAUCGGUUACAACCGAAAUCGGCUGGUUAUCCACUAACCGAAAAACCGAGAUAACCGAAACUCGAUCGAUGUCCGGAAGUUGGGCGAGAUGGAUUUUGGUCUUGGGAGAAGGUUCGGUUAACCAAAAACCAAAGCCUUAGUCCCUCUUUUCGGUCGAUGGUAGGUAGGAUUGGGAGAUUGUUCGGUUAACCAAUAACCGACCGGCCCUCAACUUUCGUUUAAAACCGAACCGACCCGCCCUCCACAACCUAAGACUUGUAAAUUUAGCAAGAACGGGUAUAUCGAGUAGUUGGAGGCACGAAAUCUGUAUGUACCGCCAGUGGAGACAUCAUCGAAUGGAACCUCUUCACGUGUCCACCAUUCCUUCGUUCAGUUGCCCUAUCCAUAAUUCAUAAUAUAUGUUCUCUCUUUUUCUUUCUUGUAUAUACAGAUAUACAACAUCAUUUGGCUUGGGAUAAAAGAAAACAGCUGGACGAUAUAACCUACAGAUGGAAGAAGGGAACUGGCAGGUUCUAGAAAACUAUGAAGGUGCAGUUGGAGAAUGGCCCUACUAACUGCCCGAUCGAUAAUGGACCGGGGCAUAAAACAUAAUGCUCAGUGUCAGGGAGAGCCUCUCUCUCUCUCUCUCUCUCUCUCUCUCUCUCAUUGUCAUAAUAUAGCUUCAUCUCCAAAAUUGACAUGCUUCAAAGUCAACUAAUACUAAGAGAGACCCAAAUGUUCGAAACUGAUUGGAUAGAGUCGAUCCAAUCAACCACUUCCCAUUAGAAAAGAAAAUGAAGCAGAACCAAAUAGGAUAGAGAUGUAGGGCACAACAUUAUUACUUGCCAAAGGUAAUAUUUUACAUAUAAAAUGGGGUUCGCGUUUCGUUGGAUUUUGGUGUAGUAUAUUGGACGCAUGCAUCAUUGUCUUUACUCAUUUGGUAUUUGGUAAUAGUUAGGAAGAGUUUGUAUAUGUUGAUAGAUCAUUUGGCAGAUUUACUAACUUUUCCCAUGCAAGCGAUAAAGAGGUAUUGUAUGGUUGAAAUCAUAAUGUAUCAUAGGCAUAUUCGACUAAAACGGAGGUUUGAGAGAAAAUACGAUGACUUUACCAAACUUGAAUAGUCAAAUUCAAUACCUAAAAAUUGCAUUUUCAGGCAGUGAUUAAUGAUAAGUUGUGAGAAUAAGCCAGUGGUUAAAUAAUCAACAACCCUCCUGCCGGCUGCCGCACUCCCUUAUGCAUUAUCACCUAACCAAAUUCAUGAAUUAAAUUUCAAGUUUGAGACUUUUAAUGAAAAUUUUCUAUCAUCCGCUUAUCUUUUCUAGAUAUUUCCCUAAACCAACAAAGAUAUUAGAUCAAAUUAAAAGAUCAUUCAUCAAUCUAGUUUGGGCGGAACGUGGAAGCUUCCAUAAUGAGAGUUUUUUCCUCCGUGAACAUGAUCAAUGACAUUAUUAGAAUCCAAUAGAAACAUAUAAUAAGAAACUACACCAACAAAAUUCGACAUUUAAUUAUAAGUAUUGAAUAUAAAAUAUACACUAUAUUGUAGAUUGCAACAAAUGGUAUUACACGAGAAGAAAUUAUAUAAUAGAUUAUUGCGUUUUCCAUGAUAACACCAUAUAUUGUAGAUCUGGAAUUGUGACUAAGAUAAGAAUUUACACGAGAAGAAACUUGAGAACACUUUUAGAAAUGACAAUCUUUUGUGCAGGAAGUUUGGGGUUUGGCAGUCCUCCAUAAUAAGGGCGUGAUGGCCGGAUAGGUGGGAUGGCCAUAGGCCACCGAAUCAUCUAUCUCUAUUCUAUCCAGACUUGUAAGGAAGGGAGUCCAAUUCCCAACUGUGAACCGCCACGUGGCCGCCGGGGCAAUCCAACCACCGCCCCAUGCUUCGCACCGUCCGACUGCGACCCCCACAAAUUUCCACAUAUGCCCUUGGCAGGUUUCAUUCCACGAAAUGGAUGUAGUAAAACAAGCACGUGAUCCCACGCCACGUGUCGGGCUGUAAAAGGCCGAAAUCACGUGAUUUCCCCGCCGCGUCAUUAGUUGGCAAGGAAAAGGAAAAACGGUGCCGAGUCGGUUGGCACUACCCAUGCACUCCCGCGUCGUGUGCUUUCAGGAGGAUGAAUCGGCAAUGGCCACUGGGCAUCAAUUAACUCGCCGCAAUCAAUCAACUCGUGGCCCAUGCCGCCGGGUAAGAUAUUUUAUUUUUUUCGAAGAGGAAGUUAACUGUUUCGAGCCGCCGGUAAAAGCCGGCGUCGGCCGAGAUUCGCCAUGAUGAUAGCGGAUAUCAACGGCAGUAAAAAAAAUGAAUUGAGUAUUGACUCGAUCCAUCCUAUCCUAUUGGUCAUUUAUUAUUAGUUAUUAGUAUUUAAAGCUUCGAGUCCUUGAACUGUGUUUCUUCUGACAUUUCAGUCCUUUUAUAAUUAAGUUUGGUUAAGUAGAACUUAAAACACCGCAGUGUUUGCUUUUCAUCGAUGUAAUGCUCCAAAUGUAACAUUACUUAACUAACAUACUCUCCGGCAGUUGAACACCGCAGUGUUUGCUUUUCAUCGAUGUAAUGCUCCAAAUGUUUUAUCGAGACCGUUUUGAAGAUUCAGAGGCGAUAAAGAAAUUAGGUCAGAAAUCAGCGAAGAGAGUAGGCAGACGAUUUGGAAGUGAAAAGGGGAAAGGUAGCAGUAGUCUCCCAGAAGAGGGUGCACGGGUCAAAACAACGAACAGGCAAAGAGGUAAGUUGGGUCCAGAUUUAGUUGACGGGCUUCGAAGGGUUAGAGCCCAACUGCCGAAAGUCUUAACACAAGCAGGAGCCCAAUCAGAACCUCUGUUCUGUUCAACGAAGAACUGGAAACAUAGAAGAACACAACAGAAGGUGAGAGCAGCAGAAAAUGUAAAGAACACAUGAUGUUUUUAACGUGGUUCGCCAAGUGCAAUGGUGUACUUCCACGUCCCAGAAUACAGUCUAGGAGACCCUUGUUUAAUUUUUGUUUGAAGAAAGUAAAGCAAGACUCUAAGUACAAAAGAUGCAGAAAACGAAUAAAAAGGAGAAACAGAAACCCAUAUCAGAAACAGAUCUGCCUCAGCCUUGACAAAGCUUGAGCCAACCUUCGUGAACCCUCUGUAUUUCCUAAGCUAGGCCCUCUACCACUCUAGCUUAUACAAAGUACCAAUGAAGACAGGAACAACCGAAUAUAUAUUCCCACGCCAAUUAGCCGUUAGAGACAAUUGGGGAAAAGAUUUGAAUCGCAGACCGAACCUUCCUUAACUGAUUGCUGAGAUUAAGCUCGGAUCAAGGAUGCAAUCUUUGACUUGAUUUACCUUGAUGACUCCAACACGUUUCGUUAAUUUAGUGAUAAUAACAAAAAAAAACUUCUUAUUUGAGCUAGAUUCAAUUAGUCGAGUCUAAUUAGCUUGCACAUCAAAGCACCAUGCGAACUAGAUAAGUUUCUACGUUUUAGGCCGUGCAUACUCAAUCUUUAAUUAACUAUAACUUAAGUCCUCCGAAAAAUCAUUGUCUUGCUUUAGAAAAAUUAACACACACAUGCCAUAUGGACAUUUAGUAAUGAUAUAUUUACAAGGAAAUUAAACCCUUAUAGUACUGUACGCACCAUAUCGAUGAUGAAAUGAUGUUGCCAGAGUGGGAGUGGGUAUAGUUGGGAAUUGAAUCAUAUUUAAACGAGAUUUAAGAGAAAACUAACAUGCAUAGUGAAAUUAUAGUCUUGUUGUUUGAUAUGUAGUUAAGCCCAGCCCUUCAAAAAAAAAAUGUAUAUGUUAUUAAUUAGACGGGAAUUUGGGUGUUAAUAAACACUGAAAGCAAACAGAUUUGUACGAAAAGGAAGUAGUGGCUAAAUUUGGGUGUGAAAGUGAAACCUAACUUUUGGUAUUUAAUUCUAUAUGUACCAAGGGAGGUGCCGGGAUCGACCAUCAUCAUGUGUAGGGGGACAGAUGGUAGGCUGAUGAGCUAAUCAAAUGAAUUGGUGGGUAGAGGUUCAAUCCAAUAUGGGUACUAUACACAUCUCUUCACAUUUGUAGGUGGCAAAUUAUCCGGUGCUCCUUUUGCAAAAUUUGGCCACUUUUCGUGAUUUUGGGCAGUAGUUGAGCAAUACUUGGAACUGUGCUUCAAAGAGAGGAAAUAAAGACUUUCCAUCGGGGAUAUGAUUCCCGACGUAGGAUCCUAUCCGGUUACCGGCUUUCGUCUCACCAUGUCUAUCGUUUUAGGUACGUACUCUCCGUUCUUUCGCGUGGCUAUAUUUGGCAGCUAGGGCUUGGUUCUCUCUUCUCAGACUAAAAUGGUAAACUUCCGAUGAAUGGAUGACAGGUAGAGGUGUUUGAAAUCGGGACUGAGGUUCUUGGAGAUUUGGGAAAGAACAAAAUAUAAUUCGGGAUUGGAGAGGAAAAUUGGAAUAAUGCGAUGAUAUGUUGAUAACUUAUUUAUUGAUUUCCGACGAAAUAAUUAAACAAUAAUAUAAUACCCUUCACUCGUAGGCGUGCAUCCAUCAACUGCUUCUCAUGUUUUUCUUAUCUUAAUUCUAUGAUGCGAGAGUUAUGCAUGCAUGUGUCAUUUACCUGUGACUCCAUUGUAUUAGCCAUAAUUAAUUUCUAUUCGGUCC